AUGGCAUCGAGAGAUCGUAUUGCCGAGGAUGCUACAGAGCUCAUAGGCAAUACACCAAUGGUUUAUCUACGAAAAAUUGGAAGAGGACUGCCGGGAACAAUAGCUGCAAAAGUUGAAUAUCUAAAUCCUGCAUGCUCUGUAAAGGACAGAAUUGGGUUAGCAAUGGUCAAAUCUGCCGAAGAAGCUGGACAGAUUCGUCCUGGUCUGACAACUCUUAUUGAACCGACAUCGGGGAAUACCGGUAUUGCACUCGGAUUGGUCGCUGCUGCCCGGGGUUACAAACUCAUCAUCACCAUGCCAGCUAGUAUGAGCGUUGAAAGGCGCACUCUACUUAAAGCUUACGGUGCUGAACUUGUUCUAACGGACCCAGCUCUUGGAAUGAAGGGUGCAAUCGAACGAGCCAAUCACUUGCAUGAAAAUAUUCCAAAUAGUUACAUUCUCGCACAGUUUGAUAAUCCAUCCAAUCCUCUUAUCCACUAUUCUACCACUGGGCCGGAAAUCUGGAAACAGACCAAUGGCAAGGUGGAUGUGUGCGUCUUUGGCAUUGGUACAGGAGGAACCAUUACUGGAGUGGGGCAGUACCUGAAGGAGCAAAAACCCGAAGUGAAGAUGAUCGCUGUGGAGCCUAUCGAAAGCGCUGUUCUUAGUGGAAAGAAAGCUGGUCCCCAUCGCAUCCAAGGUAUCGGUGCUGGUUUCACUCCUACUGUCUUAAACACGGCAAUCUACGAUGACAUUGUCACAGUGCAUUCCGAUGAAGCCAUGGUUAUGGCCAAAAGGAUGGCCCUCGAAGAGGGUCUUCUCUGCGGCAUCUCCUCCGGUGCCAACGUGCAUGCUGCCUGCAAGGUUGCAGCUCGUCCAGAAAUGGCUGGCAAACUUAUAGUAACUGUAUUACCAAGCUUCGGAGAACGCUAUCUUUCAUCGCCAUUGUAUGCUAACAUACGCGAUGAAGCAACCGAUAUGGGUGUCACGUCGCUCGAAGCAGACCUUAGUCGAGUUCGCCUGCAUCAAUUUCCAGUAGAGGAACAGUGA